AUGUCAACAAAAGCACAAACCGUAACACCACCAAGUACUGGUACCGGAAGCACGUUCCCAGACUUUUUAGUUAUUGUGGAUUUUGAAGCCACAUGCAAUGAUAGCAAUGGCGGCAAGAAUCCACCAAUCAAACCGCAAGAAAUCAUUGAAUUUCCAGCGGUUCUUCUCAAUGUGAAAACGGGAGCAAUAGAAGGUGAAUUUCAUCACUAUCUCCUACCAGAUGUUCACCCAAAAUUGUCCUCUUUUUGCACUGAAUUGACUGGAAUUUCACAAGAGGCAGUCGACGAAGGCAUCAGUCUGAAGAAUGCUCUUUAUUUACACUCUGAGUGGAUUAACAAGCAUAAUCUUACCAAUGAUCAUAAGGUCAAUUAUAAUCAAGACGAAGGAGAAAAGUUUCAGUUCCUCUAUGUAACAUGUGGUGACUGGGACCUCAAGACUUGUUUGCCAAAUCAGUUGGCCCACCACAACCAAACUGUCCCUCAAAUGUUUUCGAACUGGGUGAACAUCAAGAAGGCAUACGGAAAGUUUUACAAACGCAAGGCAUUAGGGAUGAUCACGAUGCUCGAAGACUUGGAUCUCAAACUGGAAGGUCGGCAUCACUCGGGAAUUGACGAUUCCAGAAACAUUGCUCGCAUUUGCACUCGGAUGCUCAAGGACGGAUGGGAACCGUCAGCGACCACCAUUCCGAUGCAAAAGCAAAAGCAACAGAAGAAGAAUGCCCAGAAAAAGAAGAAGGAACCCACUGUCAUCAAGGAUAGAUCACAAUGUAAGACAGUCUAUUUGAUUCGCCAUGGUCAAUCGGAAGGUCAGGCUGCACGCAAACAAAAGAGGAGUUACUCUGGCGAAGAGUUUACGGAUUGUGGAUUGACGGCCAAAGGAUAUAAGCAAGCUGAAGAGAUUUCAGAUCUCUUGGGACAAGAUCCCGAUGCUGCCAAUAUCGACUUGGUAAUCUCCUCACCGCUGAGACGAGCUUUGCAUACUGCUGUUCUGGGCUUUGACGACCAACAAGACAUUCUGGUGCACUACGAUCUGUGUGAGAUUGGAAGUCGUAUUCCAGAGAAUACCGCACUUCCUAUGGAUCAGGUGCUCAAGUCACUGAAGAAAGAUCUUCGCAAUCGUUCAGGUGCUAUUGAUACGGAAAGCCUCCAACCCAAAGGCUGGCCAAAAACUGCACGUUCUCCGAACAUUUCCAAGAAGGAAAGGAUCGAGAACGCAUUUCGUUGGCUGUAUCAAGAGCGAUCCGAAAAGUGCAUUGCCGUGGUUUGCCACUACAAUGUGAUUAGAUCCAUGUUGACGCAUCACUAUCAGUGCAACGUUACACCCGAAAAUGCAAUUCCGAUCAAGUGUUUGUUAACACCCGAAGGCGACUUGGUGCCUGCUAAAGCAUAA